AUGACAGCCGCAGGAAGUCAGUAUGUUUUGCAGACGGGGCUGGCAUCUGGCAUGUCGGCUACAGAAGGAUUAAUGCAUUCGCCGCACCCGAAACCCGUUGACCCCAAGACGAGCGAGGAGUGUCAUGUGUUGCCCAGUGAUAUCAUACCAGACUCGCAGGCCCGAAUCGCACUGCGAGGAAAGGUCCAUGAUGUUCUAGUGCCAUAUAUGUGCAUUGGUGCCUGGUCUUGGGGCGACAAAGCCACGUGGAAAUACAAUGAAGAAGUCGACCUUCCGAAAAUCAGAGACGCCUGGAAAAAGUUGCGACAGGUCGGAUUGACUUUUGUCGACACGUCCAUUGCGUACGGCGACGGCGAGAGCGAGCGUAUCUGUGGCCAACUGUUCAAGGACAUGAGGCGGGAGCAAUUCAUCAUACAGACAAAGUGGAUGUCAUGGCCUGACCCGACGAACGUGUUUCUCCAAUCGCACGGCCCGGUCAACAAGCUCAGGAGCUCGUUGCAGAAUCUUAACCUUGAAUAUGUGGAUGUCUACGUUGUCCAUGGACCCACUCACCUUAGCUCGAUCUCGACUAUCGCGAAGGGUCUUGCGGACUGCGUCAAUCUGGGGUUGGCACGGGCUGUUGGAGUUGCCAAUUAUGACAAGGGAGAAAUGAUCAAAAUGGCCAAUGAGCUCGACAAGCAUGGCAUCCCCCUGGCGGUCAAUCAGUGCGAGUACUCCGUCAUCAGAAGACAUCCAGAAGUUCAUGGAUUGAUUCGCGAAUGCCGCGAUAGGAACAUCGUCUUCCAGGGAUAUGCAUCGCUGGCAGAGGGCCGCCUGACGGACAAGUAUUCUCGAUUCAAUGAGCCUCCGCGGACUUAUCGUUUCAGUAGCUAUCCCAUGCACAUGCUUGAGCCAACUCUGAACGUGCUUAGGCGAAUCGCUGAAGAAAGGCGUGUCCCCGUGGCCGCUGUGGCACUGAAUUUCAGUAUCAACAAGGGAGUUCUUCCUGUGGUGGGGAUUCGGAGUGGUGAUCAAGCGGAGCAGGACAUGCAGGCUCUAGGUUGGCGCCUAACAGUAGACGAGAUGCGACGGAUUGAGGCCGUGAGCAUCGAAGGAGAUACCACGGUAUUUUGGCAGCAUGGUUAG